GUGUUUUAAACCGGACCCACGGCGCAGACGGACAUCUGGCCGGAGCGUGCGUCAUCAUCCGUGGGCGGUUGGUUAUCAUAGACGACAGGGGACAAUAGGAAUAACAAUGGCAAUGGGAUCAUGAUGGCAGGGCCCAGUUCCAACCGAGGUCGGGCCUCCGCCAUUCCCUCAACCGCUGAACAGAGACUGCACUCUGGGCUGGACUGGCCUCACAGCAAAAGAGAACGCCCCCUGGGUCUCGCUGCUACCCACUCUGACAAACUUGUUGAUGCUGUCCUAUUCCUUGGCUGGUUCCAACGAAAGAGAGAGAGAGAGAGACAGAGAGAGAGAGGGCUGGGCCCCGUUUAUAUACAGCACUCAGAAAAAUCCAUAAAAGAACACUCCUUGCGCCCCAGCGAGAUGGCAUCCCCGAGCGAUAGACCCCUCAUCGCCCCCACAACUGGAGCACCCUAUCCGCCAGCACCACCUGUCGUCGCACACCACCCUCCUUCCCAGCCCCACCACCACUUGCUGCCCCCACAGCAGUAUCAACGACUUUCACCCACACACGCUGCCCGCGCCGACCAGGUGACCCAUCCUCACCAAGUUUUCGCGCACUAUACUACCAUGCACCAGCAGCAACAGCAGCAGGGACAGCAGGGGCAUCCCCAGUAUCAACAGCAGUCGCAACAACAGUAUUCGCCCUCUUACCCUCCACAGCAGGGGGGUGUGCAUGUGCAGCCGAUGCAGGGAUCUUCAUACCCACCACAACUAACACAACAGCCGCAACACCCGCACCACCUCCCCCCACCCGCUCAAUACUCUUCCGGAGGAUACAGUUACCCAUCGCAUCACCCACAACAACAACAACCAGGACCGACUACCCAACAACAUUAUCCCCAUCGUCAACAACCGCAACAUCACCACCAACAUCAUCAGCAAGCAUAUCCGGAUUAUCCUCGCCCAGCAUUCCCUUAUGAUUAUCUUUCGGAUGGGAGUGGGCAGAGAGUUGGUUCUGGUGGGGAGAGGCAGCCGCCGUAUGAUCCGAUUGAGCGGAGGGCUGGGGGGCACGAUACGGUGGGAGAGCCGAGGCCUCCAGCCCACCUCCUUCGCGAAUUCCAACCCGGCCGCCAAAUCACCAUAACUCGCGAAACGAUCCGCCCGACCUACGAAGCCUUCAUCAAAGCCUUCCACAACGAGCCCACGGACAAAUGCAGCGUCGAGGAGCAUGUCGUCAAGUUCAUGCAACCGCCGAGGAACCAGAAACGCUCGUUUAUGCCGUUUGAUUUGUUUGAGCUGGUGAAGUUUUAUGGCGGGGUUGAUAAGGUACAAUGUGCUUCAUUUGGAGCCCAACGUUAAAAGGGAGAUCCGUGCUGAUAUCCUUUAAACGAUGAUUUGCAGCUCCGAUCAUGGUCCGACAUAGCCCGCAGCCUCGGCUUCCACCGCCGCGGCACCAACAUUGCCGUC